AUUCAUCUAUUCACCAUUCACAAACAUGCUCAGACAACUCACUAGAUCUUCGAAUAUGUUGAGUUUCAGGGGUUCUAGUAUGGGCUUGGUACGCCUGUUGACCACCAAGACUUCAAUAGUUGAACACACAACCGGUAGAAUCAUUACUUUAACCGAUCCAAACCGUCCAGAAAUUGGUGACUAUCCAAACCCUCCUCCAGUGUUGGCACAAUCAAAGGACCCAUACGCAAAGUAUGACGAUCAGCAGAAUAGAAGAAACUUCAAUGACCCUGUCAACAUCGAUGACGAUUACUAUGACAUGUGGUCUCCUGAUUACUUCCAACCAGUGUCUGACAAAACUGCUUUAAAACACAAUGGUGUAUUUUUUGGGUUAUUCAUUAGUUUUGGUGCAGUCAUUGCCUACUUCCAAUUGAACCCAGAGAAGCCUGCUAUGCCUAGAUCCUUCCCUGGGAAUGGCUUGGCCAAACUGUUAGGAUCUGGUUCUGAUGAAGAUGAUGGGUUUUACCAGGUGAAACCUGACCUUGAAGCUGAGAAAGAACUCGGAUUCCUUCCAGCUGAUGGUGACCUUUCCGCCAGUAUUGAAUCAUACAAGAAAACGCACGCUGAUUUCAUUAAACAGUAGGUAUUCCACUCAACACUGUCUUAUUUAUCAUGCUCAUGUAUAAUAUACAUAUCUCAUAGAUUUACUUAAAAUGACUCUAGUGUGGUGAAACUGAAUAGUUCAU